UCUCCAACAUGUUGCCCCUUUCUCCUAGCAAUAUUGUUCCAGACUUCGAAUGGCAAUUUGAAGAGCAAAUGAUGCAUGAAUUUCCUUGCGAUGAUCUAUUUGCACGCUACAACUUUCAAGAAACUGAUACAUCCCACAAUGCGAGCAAUUCUUCGCCUCAACCCCAAGAUUUUGAGUAUGAUGGCACCCAAAACUCUGGUGAUGGAAACAAGAAACUUCAAAUUUCAAUGAAGAAAUCAUGCCAACAUGACUAUGAGAGAGAGCGAAGGGAGAAGCUGAAUAAGCUCUACUCCUCCCUCAGAGAACUUCUACCGGAGAAGGAUAAACGAAAGAAAUUGAGUAUUCCAUGUACAAUUGCCCGGGUACUAAAAUAUAUACCUGAACUGCAAAAGCGCGUCGAGAGGUUGAAAUGCUCAAAAGAAGACCUUUUAUUGAGGGUACCAAAUGAUGAAUUAGAAUCAAACUGCAACAAAGGCAUGAGUAAUCCAGUGGUUUCAGCAAUAUGUCUGAGUAAAAAAGAGAUCAUGAUCCAAAUCUGCAUCUCGAACACAAGUUCAAUGAUUCCUAUGUCGAAAGUUAUAAGAGUUUUGGAGAGAGAAGGACUACAACUCUUGAAUGCCACGACUCACACCUCUCAUGAUAAUAAAACCUUCUAUUCUCUUCAUCUUCAGGUAAAGAAAGCUAUGAGGAUGGAGAAAGAAAUCUUCUGUGAGAAACUGAUGAAUUCUUUUAGUGAAAAACAAUCAGCAGCAAAAUAGUACCGUGAUGCAUAUAUAAUAUUCGAGAUAAAUACAAAGAAUGGAUUUACAGUUUAUAGAUAUGUUCUGAUGUAAAUGAGUAAAUCUAUCUCUGUAUAGCUUGAGUUUUCUAAUUUGAUGAGUUGUACUAA